UAAGUUUCAUCAGGCAACCGUGGAAAACGUGUUUCACUCCUUGUUCUCGGACAACGCAAUCUCCUUUCUGGAGCGUUUUCACACCUCGCAAGGAGACAAGAGUUUUUAUUGCUCGAGAUGGUCUAUGGAAGAAGGCUCUACCACCAGGACUCGGUGCAUGUCAUUCGAACACCCAAUUGACUAUUUUUUUGGACCGAAGUCGACAAAUUGUGAGGUCGUUCAGCAUCUUCAGCAGGAAGGCGAUGGCAGUUUCAGUAUUGUUGCAUUGCAGUGCAUGCCAAAGCUUCCAUUAGGAGACUACUUCUCAGUUAAGAUGCUGUGGGAAGUUCAGGCCUGCGAUCACGGUGCAUCAUCCCUGGUCAAGCUGUCUCAGUUAACAUUAUUUUCGAAAAAGACAGUGCUUAGACCUGCAAUCGAGCAAGGAGCAAUUCAAGCAAGCAUUCAGUCAUUCGCGCUCUGGUCUGAAAAG